UGCCCUUGCACCGCACGACAAUGAUCAGGAAGUCCAUCAUCUAACCUCGUGGUACGCGCCGAAUUCUGAAGCGCCGUAGUGCGUACGUAGUACACGACCACAAUCUUUCGCUCCGCGGCCUUUCGUCAUGACCACCACCACACCGAUGAAUACAGCAUCAGCAUCGUCUUCUCAGUCUCCCGAAACGAGCCAUGUUGAGAAGGUGAUUGAGGGAAUGGAGCCUGAAGGGUGGGUCGACUUUUCGGCCGAUGCUGACCACGAUCAAAGUCGCAGGUGCAGUCCUCCGCCACGCCACACCACACUAUCAACGUUUGCCGAUGACCGUAAGGAAGCUCUCCCCGUCAACCACGCAUGGGACAACAUCCGCGGGGUCGAUGCCGCUAAAACAGUGCUGCUCGAAGCGAUUAUCCUGCCGCUCAAGUUCCCCUCGCUCUUCGCCAACAGCCGGAGGCGAUGCUGCAGCGUGCUGCUUUAUGGCGCCUCGGGUGCCGGGAAGUCUGCGCUCGCCCUGGCUGCUGCCGAUAAGGCAGGAGUACCCCUCGUCUGUGCUGGCCCCGCGGAUCUGGCUACACCCGAUGCCAUCCAAAAGGUGUUUCUCCGUGCACGGGAGCACAAGCCGGCCGUUCUCCUCCUCAAGGAUGUGGAUCGGAUCUGGUCUGGACUUCCAGAGGGGCAGAACCGGAGCCAUGAGAGCUUGCUUCAAUUGCGUACCGAGCUGCUAGUCCAGAUGGAUAGCUUUUCAGCAAGGAAUGUCGGGCUUUGCAUUGUGGGCUCGACAACGCUGCCAUGGAAUCUGGACGGGCCCAUCCGCAAGCGGUUUCAUCAUCGUUUGUAUAUCCCACGUCCGGAUGAGGUCGCGAAAGAACGCUCUCAUGAGCGACUGCCAUUGGAACGUGUGCAUAGCUCGGAGGGGUCAGGGGUCUCGCCAGCGCUGACGGAAUCGUUCUCAUCGCAUGAACAGCUGAAACGCAGCGUUCAGGAAGCUAAAAGCACGAUCGAUCAGGAAUCCCUAUCGACAGAGAACCGACUCCUGAACGAGAUGCGAUUGAGUUCAGGAGUUUUGAGCGAGCAGGUUCAUUCCAAGUACGAGACAUGGACAACGGACUUCGGUGAGUGCUGCCCAGAGGUCUCCCUUUCUCAGCGACCUCUCACGCAAGCAUCCGAAUCGAGGUAUUCACGGAGGCGGAUGAUAGGUAUCAUGCCCUCCAAGGGCUUCUUUUCGUUACUGGUUCCUUGACUUCUUUCGGUCUUUGUCCUCCUUUGUCCCGCCGUACUUACUACUCAUGACACUUUCCUCCUGCGGCCUAUUUCUCACUGUAUAUUCUGCGUCUUCGUGCAUCAGUGCUGUGUUCCCUUGUUCAAUUACCUGCUCUCCUAGAGAAUAUUGUGCAUCGAAACUCGAACACAUUGCCCUUUCGUGGU